ACGAGAGCCUAGGGCACAGAGGCAGGGAGAGCAUCUGAGAGUCACCAAGAAGCAUGGCACACAGCCCAGAGGUGGUGGCCAUGGACUGCGAGAUGGUAGGGCUGGGGCCCUCUCGGGUGAGUGGCCUGGCCCGCUGCAGCCUUGUCAACCUAGAUGGCACCGUGCUGUACGACAAGUUCAUUCGGCCUGAGGGAGAGAUCACGGAUUACAGAAGCCGGGUCAGCGGAGUCACCCCUGAGCACAUGGUGACAGCCACACCGUUUGCCGAGGCUAGGCUAGAGAUCCUGCAGCUCCUGACAGGCAAGCUGGUGGUGGGCCAUGACCUGAAGCACGACUUCAGUGCCCUGAAGGAGGACAUGAACCGCUAUGCCAUCUACGACACAUCCACAGACAGGCUGCUGUGGCGCGAAGCCAGGCUGGACCACUGCAAGCGCGUGUCUCUGCGGGCAUUGAGUGAGCGCCUGCUGCACAAGAGAAUCCAGAACAACCGUUCGGGACAUAGCUCAGUGGAGGACGCCAGGGCCACCAUGGAGCUCUACCUGAUCUCUCGGCGAAUCCGAGCCCAGCGAGGACCGUCCGGCCAGGCUGUGUCAAAGUGAAAUCCUUUCAACCCAUU